AUGUCUGUCGAGGCAGCGGAGGCCGCUCUCGGCACAAAGAAGAAUUUCCCUUCUGAUGAUGUCUACGAGCCACCACGGGCUCUCUCAGAAUCGACAGACAUGGACGACCUCGAGCCUGAAGAAUUCAGCGUCGAGAACAUUGAACGCAUCUAUAGCAAACUGGACUGGCGCAUUAUUCCCGCCUUCUGGGUUCUCUACUUCAUGUGCUCGGCCAUCCGCUCCAACGUCGGUUUGGCACAAACAAUGAACGCAGACUCUGGCCACGACCUCGCCGAGGUGCUCCAUCUGAAUCCCCACCAGAUAUCGACAGGCCUGGCCUUGUUCUAUGUUUGUUAUGUUGUCUUUGAUCUGCCUUCAAACUUGGUCAUGACCCGUCUUAGUCCGCAUGUGUGGAUGAGCCGUAUCGUGGUCAGCGUUGGGCUGAUUGGUACUUGUAUGACAGCGAUGAAAGCAGCCUGGAGCUUCUAUCUGCUUCGUCUACUUCUCGGUAUCGUCGAAGCUGGCUUAUGGCCCGGUAUGACCUACUAUCUUACGCUCUUCUACCCACCUUCGCGGAUUGGGAAGCGUAUUGGUCAGUACUUCACUGCUGCACAGGUCUCUGCAGCGGUGGUCGGCCUCGUCUCUGCCGGUUUCCAAGAGAUGGAUGGUGCACAAGGCUACGUUGGAUUCCAGUGGAUGUUCCUGAUCUACGGCGUCAUCACUAUCGCCUUGGGAUUUGCCCAGCUAUGGUGGUUGCCCGACCGACCUGUUGCGCCUGGUGCGUCGGCUCCUGAGCGUCAUCGGUUGCUGCGCUGGUUGCCGCAAAGCCGACCUGCUUUGACAGGCCGCGAUUCCGUGAUUCACUAUCACGAUAUGAAACGUGUGUACCAUAGCUCAAAGUGGAAUCUUCGAGAUUUGCUCUACGUUUUCAUGGACUGGAGACUUUGGCCGCUGUUGGUCAUGUACUUUGGCGUUGUGGGUGUUGGCAUUGGUGUUCAGCUGUAUGCGAACGUGAUCAUCAAGGCGAUCAACCCCUCUUUGAACGGAGUUGAUUUAAGCUUGCUCACAGCGCCUAUCUGGAUUAUGGAUCUCAUCGCUAUUCUCCUUGUUACCCCCUUCUCGGAUCGUUUCCACCGCCACCGCGCUCUGUUCUUCUCGAUCCCUGUCCUGUUACAGAUUCUUGGAUUACUGCUGACCAGCUAUGCCGGUACUGAAGAUAACCCUUGGCCGCGGUACGGUGGCCUCUUGAUCGUCGGGUUUGGACUCGGUCCAACUGUGCCCAUCACCAUGACGUGGACUGCAGAGAUCUUCCAACCACGACAUGGAGAGGUCGGUGUGGCAGCUGCCUCUGCCGUGGUCUCAGGGUGGGGUAAUUUGGGCAGUAUCCUGACUACCUAUGCCCUUUAUUCAGGAUGGAAGAGUGACUAUGAGGCACCUGGAAGGCAGAAGUACCGGAAGAGUAACUUGGUCAUGGUCGGGAUUCUCAUUGCCAGUAUUCUUGCUGCGAUACUGAUGCAGAUUUUGCUUCGGUUUGUGGAUGGUCGACACAAUCACACCGAGGAGGAAGCUGAUGGCAGUGCGGUUGAUGGAGCGGCGCGUCGUGAGGUGCAGCAGCGUGGUCUGCAGGGACUGGGUUUGGGGGCCAGACGGUGGUUUGGACGCGGGAAGGUUGACGGCAAAUAA